AUGGCGCCGGGCAGCUGGGGUUGGGUUCGCGGCCUGUGGACAGCUGGCAAGCCUCUGUUCCAGGGCCGGGCGCUGCUUGUCACCAACACGCUGAGCUGCGGCGCGCUCAUGGCAGCCGGAGACGGCGCGCGCCAGUCCUGGGAGAUCCGCACCCGGCCAGGCCAGAGGUUCGAUCCGCGGCGCUCUGCGAGCAUGUUUGCCAUGGGCUGCAGCAUGGGCCCCUUCCUGCACUACUGGUACCUCUGGCUGGACCGCCUGCUCCCUGCCUCUGGCCUCCGCAGCCUCCGGACUGUCUUGGGGAAGGUGCUAGUGGACCAGUUGGUGGCCUCGCCCCUAUUAGGCGUCUGGUACUUCUUGGGCCUUGGCUGCCUGGAGGGCCAGACACUGGAUGAGAGCUGCCAGGAGCUUCAGGACAAGUUCUGGGAAUUCUACAAGGCUGACUGGUGCGUCUGGCCCCCUGCACAGCUGGUCAACUUCCUCUUCGUGCCCUCUCAGUUCCGGGUCAUCUACAUUAACGGCGUGACCCUUGGCUGGGACACCUACCUCUCCUACCUGAAGUACCGGGGGCUGCCCUUCAAGCUCACUGCUGAGACUCAGUUUCUCCAGCUGAAACACAGCCAUAGUCCGACAGUCAUGGUCCAGCCCUUCUCUCCAGAGGCCUUGUGA